AUUUUUUAUAAAAAGUUGUAGAUUAGUUAUCGUGUGCAUUGUUCGUUCGCGAGUAGAAUCGUCGUUUCAAUUCGUGAAUCAAUCUUGGCAAGGAUUUUAAUCGUUUUAAACGAGAUAAUGUAAAAAAAAAAAAAAAGAAGAAAAGAAAAAAAGAAAGAAUCUAAUGGCCUAAAUCAAAUUCGUUGAUGGACAAAUUGCGACUCACGUGCGAAACUAUCGCCUCGACGGAGGGAAAAUCACUCUCGUGACUCUCGUGACUCUCGUGACCAUAGGGACGAGUGAUCGCUUUAAACGAUUCCCAUUAUUCAAUUCCUCGGCGAGCCCUUGCUCGAAAAAUACCGUCGUCAAAAAUUCUUUCGAUUCAGACACGUCGUUCCAUCCAUCCUGCGCGUUCGCUUUUCCUUUCGUUUCUUUUCUCUUCCCAGUUGUAGUUAGAAUUAAUUUAUAUACAUCGAAACAUUCAAUUUUCUCUCUGUUUUGUUCUCCUGUUACAGAUACAGUCGGGCAGAAAUUCACAGGAUACACGAUGAUCACUCGAGCAAAAUUAUGGUGGAAAAUGGUGUGUUCCGGCCAGCAGAGAGGUAAUACAGAUGUGAGAAGAUCGAGUGUUCGCCGUGACAGUGACAUCGAACGUUGCGAGGUGUCGAGAUCGAGGAUUCGAGAGAGGGGAAGAAGAUAUGAGAGAGAUCGUGCGAAUAAUCGCGCGGAUAAUGCGCAAGAAACGAGCACGGAGAAGAUCGAGGAACUCGACGACGGCCACGGUGUCUAAGAAGCAGGGAAGAAUCGGCACACGUUACACAAGUAUAUUUGCCGGACUAGCGGCGCAUUCCAGUCAAAUAUCCGUGGGGCUUGGCCAAGGAUUUAGCGCGAUUCUACUUCCGCAAUUAUUGGAGGGCGAGCUGGUCGAUCAAGAGCAAGCCUCUUGGAUCGCCGCGUUGGGAGUUAUCUCGAAUCCCCUGGGUUCCCUGAUCUCCGGCCUGUGCGCGGAAUGGUUUGGAAGAAGAUCGGCCAUCGCUUUGGCUACUUUUCCAUACGCCACAGGAUGGCUGUUGAUAGCUUUGUCGAAUAGAGCCGUGUCCAUGCUGUACGUGGGCAGAUUCGUCAAUGGUAUCGGUAUAGGGAUGACCAAUGGCAUUUAUCUUUACGUCAGCGAGACUGCCGCGCCAAAUCAAAGGGCCUGGUUAGGAAGUUGUGGUCCGGUUCUGGUUUCCCUAGGAGUUUUGAUGAUUUACACGCUGGGAGCGUUCACCUCGUGGCGUAGAGCCGCCGCGAUCAGUAUCGGCCCUUCCAUCCUCUCUUUGGCAUUGUCACGCAUAAUCCCAGAAACACCGGCUUGGCUGGUUGCUCGAGGACGGAACGAAGAGGCAAAGGAGUCGCUGUUGUGGCUAAGGGGAUCUAGCUCGAGCACGGACAAGGAGUACGAGGAGCUUUGCGAGGAAAAUGUGAAAAGAGAAAAGGAAAGGGAGAGUCUGUUGAAAGCUCUACACAUGCCAAGCGUGUGGAAGCCUUUCCUCGUCCUCCUCGUUUUCUUCGCGUUUCAACAAAUGUCCGGAAUUUACAUAAUCCUCUUCUACACGGUGAACAUUCUCGAGGACAUCGGUAUCGAGUUGAACGAGUAUUCGGCCAGCGUUGGGAUAGGCGUGAUACGAUUGUUCGCCUCAAUAGCCGGAGCCGGUCUGGCGAACAGUUUCGGCAGGAAAACUCUGGCUUUCCUCAGCGGCCUAGGAAUGACGAUAUCCGCUGUAGGGGUUGCUCUCGCGUAUAGGUUCAAACUGCCGUAUGUGGUAUCCUUGGCGUGCAUCGGAGGCCACGUGGGUUUCUCCAUGUUGGGAUAUCUCACCUUGCCCUGGGUAAUGACCUCUGAGCUGUAUCCGUUAAGGUUCAGGGGUCCACUGGGGGGCAUCACCACAAGCAUAGUGCAAAUGUUGACGUUCGCCAUCAUUAAGAUGUAUCCGAGCCUGCACGACAUGGUCGGGAUCGAAUCCACGAUAUGGAUAUUCGCCGCUGCCUCCAUCCUAGGCGCUAUAUUCGCAUUGACCAUUCUACCCGAGACGAGGGGUCGAAGCUUGGACGAGAUCGAAAGAGGAUUUUCGAAGAAGACAUCCGAGCCGAAUUCUUCGACCGACGUUCAACCGACUAUCUUCGUCCAGCCUAAAAAUAUUACGCUUCAGAGAUUUGCCUCGAUCACGGAAGAGAAACAUCGUAAUAAUAAUAUGACGACGAACGCGUAUACGUACGAUAAUUUCUGUUUGGAUUUAACGUCGGACGGAGAUACGGAGAAGAAGGAAGUUGAAAAGAAUUCCGACACGAGUCGUACGAAUGUUGCCAAUGCCAUCACGUUGGAAACACGUAUACUUGAUUAAAUACGAUCAAUAAUUCAAUGGAUAUUGUUUUCUUUUUCUUUUCUUUUUUUUUUUUUAUUAAAGAAAACAAUCGAUGAUUGUCAAUCGUCACAUAACGAAAAUAGACAUUUUCCGAGAUUUCACUUGUAUUGUGAUAUCUUAUCGAUAAACGUAUAUAUAUAUAUAUAUAUUUAUUGAACAAAUCUUAACUAUGCAAAAUGAAAAAUUCACCAGUAUUACAAAUAUUUCUGUGACUUUGUUUAUCGAAUGUGUUCUUAGAAGUGGUGAAACGAGUUAAUCGUGAAUAUUUUUAAUAUGAUUACGGAGGAAUGAUUUCUUCUUCCUCUUUUAACAAUGAUUAUGCAAUUUAAGGAAACGAUUGUUAAUGUAUUAUAUAACGUAUGGUGAAAAAAAUAAAUAGAAUUUUGUUGAACGUUUCAAUUGAA